AACACAGGUUUCAAGGUUGACCAUGUAUCAGAGAGAACAUGUUUGACCUUGUUUACAGAAAUAGACUAGGUCCCAGUGUCCUCGUGUAGCAAACGUUUCUUCUUUUUUUUCCCCUGUUUACACAAAAAGACAGGGUCCAGUACCCGCGUGUAAUAAACUAAGCACGACCUGCGCUUCUUUAGAAUCUGGAUUGACAUGCUUAGACUAAUCAUGUUUUGUCUAACAAAACAACUUCAAGCCCGGAUUUUAACCAUUUCUGCCUAGAGGAGAACUGGCCCGUUAGCUCACUUUGUAAAAAAGCUGCACCCUCUACAAAUUUCACACCUUCGCUAAGCGCGCGGAUAGUAUGGAAGUAAACAAAAUCUCAGUGUGGGGCUCCGUUGCUACUUUACGAGGGGUUUUUCUAUAGGGUUAGCAGAAUAUUGGCUGCUGGUAUUUACUGGGUAUGUCGGGAUUGUACCAUAUGCAAGGCAAAUAUAACUACUGCCGGGUCUAUUAGCGUUGUAGUGGCCGUAACUGGUACUCACACUCGUGCUGGGGAUCCAGCUGAGACCAACAAACUGAAAGGUCGUUACAGCAAGAAGAGAAAAGCAGGUGAGGUAUAUUUUUUUUAUUUCGGGAAGUGGCAGUGUAGUUUCUAAACUGCUUUCUUGUGCGCUAUUUCACUGUAGAAAAUGGAAGCGACCCACCACAUCGGAUGCCUUCGACAAGCAUGCUGAAACGUAUCAUUCGAAAGCAAACACAAGCACGCCAAAGUCCAUACGUACUCCCAACACCGCGAGACGGCAUAAUUCUACCAGACGAGUACAAGGUGUCGGGGCCACACGACCAUCCCUUCUUGCUUAUGACAGCGGUUCUGGAGAAAAGGACAGUCUUGUGGUUUUCGGCACACAGAAAACUUUUGAGCGCCUUUCUACUAGGAGGGCAUAUGGUUCAGGGACGUGACUUUCAAGGUGACGACAUCGCUAUUUUACCAGGUGUACACGGUGCAUGGGCUGUACCAUUGUGCUGUGAUCCCGCUUAUGUACGCUUUGCUUACGAACAAGGAGGAUUAAAGCUACCGGCGAUUUUUUCGGUGCUCUCCGGUUUCACGUCAAGUGUGGAAGUGGGGGUAAUCUACUGCGACUUCCGGGCGACCGUGAUCGCAGCGAGUCGCAGGCAUUUCUCUCAAGCGAGGGUUCAAGGAUAUUUCUUUACUCUAUGCCAAUCGGUGUACCAGAAGCUGUGCAAGUUGGGCCUGCAAGUACGCUACCGCCAAGUCGAAGUUUUUGCUGCUCAGGUAAUUACGUCUUAUUCUCUAAGCAUGAAACUAAGCUGUAAUCAUAUUGAUACUUUAAUACUUUAUUCGGCUUACCAUGUCAUAAAACCUCCCAGAAAAAUGCUUCCCUUUUUUGGCACGUCAUAA